UAUUGUUUCCAAUCCAGUUGAUAUCACGUGGUCUGUUUAUUUUUAUCUGUAAACGUGUAGAAGCACUGUAAACGGCUAAAUGUGAUGCAAUUUUUCAAAUAGGAAUAUGCCCCUCAAAAAAUAACUUUUUUCAGAGGUUAUCAAAAUGACCGAUUCGCCAGAGGCAGGACGCAAAUUGGUAGGUUAAGGACACAAUACUAUGAAAGUUAUCAACUUGUGUAUAAAACCUCUGCAAGCAGCCAUUUUGUACAGUCGUUUGGGGUCUAUCCGAAUUACUCUUUAGAUCGCAUCAUAUUUCUUUGUUAACAAUAAAGAUAGUAACAUAAAUUGUGUGUGUGCAAUGAAAUUGGUUAUUAGAUUAUGUAAGCGUACAAGAUAGUUUCUUAAAUGUGCAUGCUGGACAUAAUUAGCAGUCCAAACAAAGACAUCGACCUAUAGCAAGUAAUUUGUUAUACGUCAAUGGACCAAAUAAUGAAAUAUACUGGCUUGCCGACUAAAUUCUCGCCAUCUCCUCAAUUUCAUUACAAAAGCAUGGAUUUCAACUUGCGAAUUUAUUUAUUAAAGAAGAGAAAACUCUUCAAAAAUUCACAGGAUAAAUUGGCAAAAUGACAGGAUACAAUUAUUAAGCCCACUGUCUUAUAUGUUAAUAAAAAAAAAAAAAAAAAAACAGGAGUGAGAUACUGAAAAAAUACUUUGUUCGUACCUUAAACAUGAUUUACAAGACAUGAUAUAAAUCAAAUCAAUUUUGGGCAUUUAAUGCUGUUCAAACUUAAUAUUUAGAUAAUGUUGGCCAAAACUGGUACCGUUAUUGCGUGAAAACUAGCUUAUAUUGUGUAUUAUUGCUUCUUUAAAUGUGACCCCUCACCAUGACCAAAAAUUGCUGAUAUCGGCGAUAGUUAACUCUUUCUAAAGAUUGGGCAUUCAUCAGUUCUGCUUUACCUUGAAAUGUCGAGAUUUAGUCACAAGCCAGCAAGACUUGUUACUUUCUGGCACUCUUUGUUGGCGGUGCAGUGGCAUAUAAACUUUACUAAAAUCCAGAAGGAGUCUACAUCCAUGCCUUUUGUUAAUCUAAAGCUAGAUGGAAACUGCUUCGGGCCACUGAUCUUGUAUACUAUGGGUCACUUAAUAUGUACGUCGUAUCUAAAGUUACCCCCUCCCCUCGUUCGCAAAGGUAAGAUUUAUCAUGUAUUAUAUAAAUGAGCUUAAAAUAUUUGAAUAUUAGUUCUAAUUUAAAUUUGAAAACGGUCCAUGUCUAUAUGAUCGAUGCACUACACGCCAUCGCGGCGCGUGCGAUCCGCAAACCCCCCCAAACUGAAGAGAGUGGAAGACUUCCUAUAAUGAACCUAUUUCCAAAACAUUGGAUUGUUGAAAGGCAAUGAAUUUUAUUUUAUAUUAAAAAAAUUACUUGCACAUCAAAAAACAAAACAAAAAAAACAAAAAACAAAAACAAGAGAGAGAGACAACCCUUUCUAAACUCAAUUUCGACUUCAUGAAAUAUAACCGAGGGUGGAAUCAGAGCGAUUCGGAAUAUCCCAAACGACUGAUUCAAACAAACGGGUACUUGUGUACAUGACCCCCCCCCCCCCUCCCCUUUCGCCGAGAACAUUCCAAGGACUAUUUGAUUUUAUUUUCGUUCAAAAAUUUUCUUGGCCGUUUUAGUAAUUUAUUGAAAAUGUCCUCAAAGUAACCUAAAACAACACUGACGUAAAAGUCCUGCCCCAAUGGGCGUAAAAAGGAAUGUUUCGAAAUCUAUCUAUUAUGCCCUUCAGAAAUGCAUAUAUGAUUUACUUACCGAGGAAAAUUACAGUCCCAUGAAUAUAGUCCUGCAAUUGUUUUAGUGCUUUCACUCUGCAUUUGUUUUAGUACUUGCUCAUUCGUAUACGAGUGUUCAAACACCAAAACAAAUGCAGUCAUAUUAGAGUACCAAUACUCUGAUAUUACUUUAGGAUUCAGCGUUCUAAAACGAAAGCGUGGUGCAACGUUGAGGUUUGCUGUAAAAUACAGAAAUCACGCGCUUUUCCCCCCCACAAGUUAUUAAGAAAAUAGUUGUGCAUUUAAUUUAUACAUAGUCUGGAUAUAUGACGAUUCGUUUCUGUCGAGAGUGAAAGAGAGAAAGACUUACACAGAUGUUGACUUAGAUGAUGAUGACAUUGAUGGCAAAAGAAGUUACUCACUGGAAGAAAAACUCAGAUCCAACAAAUACGCAAGAAAGUAUGUCAAGGAACUCAAAGGGGAAGAGUUUGGCCUGAAGUGUAUCCAAGAACAUGGACUUGAAUUUCCUAUUGUGUUCUAUGAAAAAGCAGGUCUUGGUCUUAGAGUUCCGAGUGAAAAUUUUAAAGUAUGUGAUGUCAAGCAGUGUGUAGGGAGUAGGCGGAUGUUGGAUGUGAUGGAUGUCAACACUCAGAAAGGGAUGGAGAUGUCAAUGCGUGAAUGGGUCCAGUAUUAUGAAAAUCCAGAGAGACAGAAGCUUCUCAAUGUCAUCAGUCUGGAGUUCAGUCACACCAAACUGGAGAACUACGUGGAAUCGCCCAGCUUUGUGAGACAGAUAGAUUGGGUGGACACUGUGUGGCCAAGGCAUUUAAAGGAAUGUCAAACGGAGUCAACCAAUAUUAUAGAAAAGAUGAAAUAUCCCAAAGUGCAGAAGUACUGUUUGAUGAGUGUACAGGGAUGUUACACAGAUUUCCACAUUGACUUUGGUGGGACCUCAGUGUGGUACCACAUCCUGCAUGGAGAGAAAGUGUUCUGGUUGAUUCCACCUACGGAGAGGAAUUUUGAUAUAUAUACAAACUGGGUAUUGUCAGGAAAACAAGGGGACAUAUUUUUAGCAGACCAUGUUGAAGGCUGUCAAAGAAUUGAGCUUCGUCAGGGAUAUACUUUUAUAAUACCAUCAGGCUGGAUUCAUGCAGUGUACACACCCAAGGAUUCUCUGGUUUUUGGUGGAAAUUUUUUGCAUAGUUACAACAUAGAAAAUCAACUUAGAGCAUCAGAAGUAGAGGACAAAACGCGGGUCCCACAGAAGUUUCGAUACCCAUUCUUUACAGAGAUAGCAUGGUAUGUAUUGGCAAGGUAUGUGUCCUGUGUUACUGGGAAACAGUGUGUGGAGAUACCACCUGAGGAUAAAGAAAUUGAGCUCAAAAGAGAGUUAUCUCCCUUCCUACAAGAUGAGUGUUCACAGGAUACAGAUUACACUGUUCACACUCAGGGCUCAGUUACCCCAAGACUCUCCAAAAGUGUUACCAUUGAAUUGACAAGAAUAGACCAGUCCCCCCCAAAAUAUAGAUCAGUUAGUGAUGAGGAGAAUGUCACACCUCAGCGAGUGAGGUCACCUUGUAAGUCAUCGUCUGACAGCUGUAGUUCAGCAGACACAGAAAUAUACGUCAAGGCUGAGGAAAUUCUGGCAAAAUUUGCCAACAGUGAACAGCAAGAGAAACAAAUGGCUGCAGAACAAACCACCUAUAGAAAAAUCAAAUCAAGCGAUCCUGAAUACAAAAUGCUUAAUAGUCCUUCUCUCAAUGCCAACAAGAAGGAAAACAAAAUUGUUUACUUGACGAAAUGGGAAUUGAAUGGACUCUAUCAAUUAAUACAUUGGAUUGAAGAACAUCCUACUGCCAAGAAAGGAUAUCCAAAAGACAUACUGAAUCCAGAUAUGUUGUUAAGUGAUGCAAAGCAAAUGCUUGGAAAUCAUGCCAAUGAUGAUCAAAGCCUGGCAUGCAAUGGAGAACCUAUUCUAUUCUGGCCAGCUUCCAAGAAGCCUGCCAAACCUAAAGUGUAUAAAACAGGAGCAGGACAUAUCAAGUUAGUGAAAUCUCAGCAAUCCAAGGGAAGUCCUACAUGCAUCAGACGACGAAGAACUCGCUGUAAAAAGUGUGAACCGUGCACAAGAACAGACUGUGGAGAAUGUAAUUUCUGUAAAGAUAUGAAGAAACACGGUGGACCGGGCCGAAUGAAACAAUCGUGCAAGAGUAGGCAGUGUUUAGCACCUGUAAUACCUAAUGCAGCCAUUUGUAUGAUCUGUGGAAAAGACGAUCGAGUGAAAUCUGCAGAUCAUCCUGAUGAAAUGAUCACCACCUUAAUGGAGUGCUGCAUUUGCUGGGAAAUAAAUCAUGCAGAAUGUCUUCGAAAAAAGCAUGAAAACUUGGAGACUGAAGGUGUUGUUAAUGAGGAUUUACCAAAUAGCUGGGAGUGUCCAAAAUGUUGUCAAUAUGGCAAGCAGAGUCUGCUUAAGGGUAAGUUCUCACGGAAUAAGAAGGAGGAUAGCUUAUAUAGUCCGAGACCUGGGAGCCCAGCAUCUUCAUACGAUUCUACAACAGAGGUCAAGUCAGAGUCGGAGGCAGAGGGGAAACGGGUCGUAAUGAAAAAGGAAAAAAAAUAUUUUGAUAUGGAUGUUGAUGAGAACUCCUUAACAGAAACAGAAAAUAUGGUUGAUGCCAGUUUGGGAUCACGAUUUAGUCAGGUCACUGUGGCAAAACCAAAGACUUCACAAGGCCUUAGCCAGAAAGACAGGAAGUCUAUCAAAAAACCAUCAUCUGAAAUCAAGUUGUUGCCAAAAAAAUUUGGGGUCAGGAGGAAACCAGGAAGACCAAUAAGUUCACAGUAUCUGACAAAAAAGAAGCCAUCCUGGUCAAUUUCAUCUGCAAAAAAAGGUCCAAAGGAGAAAGAGAUUGUCAUUACAAGAUCUGGUCGUAAAGUCAAAAGAUCCCCACAGCUGUCUGAUGACAACAUGGAGUCAGAGUUUCCGAAAAAAAGACCAAAACGUGAGGGCUUUGCAUCCAGAGCAGAUGACCAAGGUGAAAUAGAGGACAAAGUUGUGAAAAGUCAAUGUCUUCUAUCAAGUGCUACUAACAAAAAUGAUGUCGCAGAAUACUGCUUUUCAUCAGAAGUGGAGAACUUCAAAAUUAUCCCUUCAAAAUUGAAAAAGGUUAGUGGAGAUGAACACAAAGUGGAAAAGAAAAAGUCUUUUAAACAAAAACGGGACUUUAAACGGAAAUAUGGAUCAAUUAAGAAAGCAAAGAAAGCUGAAGAUGGUAAUAAACAAUGUAGCAAAGCUACUCAAAGGAAGUGCAGUGGUUUUAGUGACAAUGUACCGGAGAAAGUAACAGAAGUUGUGCAUAGAAAGUUUGUAGUUAGGCCCCCUGCCCCACCACCACCCCCAGACAAUGUAGAACUUGAAAACGGGAGCUACCAUGCUCUCAAAAAAGUCCACUGGACAAAGGUUUUCUCCUUCCUAUCAUACUCGGAUCUAGCUAAAUGCUUGUGUGUAAGUAAAGCAUUUUACAGAUGGGGAAUGAAUCAUGAACUUUGGCCAAAGAUUGACUUGAGCAAAAGGAGAAUUUGCCAAUCACACUUGAUUGGAAUUGUUAAACGUCAACCUAAUGACUUGAAGUUAAACAAUGUGGUGAUGACUCAGCAACAAUUGUCUUGGCUUCUUGCAAGAAUUCCCCUCUUGAAGAAUCUGUGUAUGUCAUCAUGCUCAUGGGCAACUGUAAGUGCUCUUUGCUUUUCCUCUUGUCCAUUACUGAAUGCACUGAAUUUGAAUUGGAUGCUGGGACUAAAUCAUCUGCGUUUCAAGGAUCUUAUUAGUCCUCCAAGUGACUUGCGUCCUGGGAUGAAUGACGUGAGUCGUCUCCAUCAACUGACCAGUUUACAAAUUGCUGGAACAGAAAUUGAAGAUGAGUCAUUACAGCUUAUUCCACAAUACCUGACCAAAUUAAGAAAACUUGACAUCAGUUAUUGCCCAAGAAUAACAAACGAGGGAAUAAAAAAGCUUGUGGAGGUCAAUGAUGCAGUACUCACAAAAUCUCUCCAAGCGAUAGAUAUCUCUGGUUCUCGUGUGUUAACCAGUGCAGCCCUUGAUAACUUGGUUAACUGUGUAAAUCUGUCUGUGGUGAAAAUUCACAAGUGUUCAAACAUUACAGCUAUGUCUGUACAAAAAUUUCCCAGGAAGUCUGUAAAAUUUCUGAAGUGAGGGAGAUAAUGGUUUUGACUUUAGUAUAACCACAAAAACGCUCAAAUCAUCAGUAAUAUUUCUACUCUACAGUAUUUUGGAGAUUUUGAUAACGGUUAGCAGAUCUAUGAUACAAAGAACACUAUUGAUAAAAACAAGAUUUACAAGAGAAAUCGUAAUGGAGACAAUGAUAUGGUAUCAGUAAACGUAUUGACAUGGAAGUAAUGUAAUAUUUUUUAAUGUUCUGCAAAUUCGGUUUAAUCAAAAUAAAUGCUGCAUGUAGUUGAGGAUAACAUUUGAAAUUACAUUGGGUACAUGUAGUAUUUGAUGAUUCAAAUUUUUCAAAUAGUUUAAGAAAUUCAGAAGUUUAGUUGAAAUAUUGAAAUUUCCAAAAUGUGCUGUAGGAAUUUGAUAUUCUGAUUUAAUAAAUCCAAAUUUUGGUGACCCACUGUGAUGUUUUUGUAUAUUUCCAUUCAUUGUACAGUAAAUUUGAAUAUUUUCGAUUUGUACUCGAAAUAUUUCUGUUUAAUUAUUAGCUCAUGUGAGCCAUAGGCUUAAGAGAGCUGUUCUGAGAAAUUUGUCCUCGUCUGUUGUUGGAGUUGCAAUAAACUGUCCACAUUUUGUACUUCUCUGGACCAUGUGGCAAAUUUAUACCUGACUGCACAAAUUAUCAUGUGUCAAGGGGUUCAAAUUUCCUCAAAUGAAGGGUCAUGCUUCUUCCGAGGGAGAGAAUUAAGAAAUAUUAAAGGGGGUGAGGUUAAAAAAAAAUCUUCUCAUAACCCAGUUACUCAAGAACAAGGAAUGCUGUAACUUGAAAAGAAGGGGGGGGGGGGGGGGGGGGGGGGUUACAGGUCAAUUAGUGGUUGGAAGUUUUACAUAUGAAUAACUAGAAAAUUUUCAUUAAAAUCUUUCUCAGAACACCAUAGCAGCAAAGUCAAAUUAAUAUGGAUGCAUUCUGUGUAGUGUAGAUUCAGGCUUUUUUUUUAUUUUGGUAUAAAAAUGUUGGGAGUUACACAUGAUCCCAAUGAUCUUGGCAGGACCAUAAGAGGGGUUGAAAAUGUUGCAUAGGAAUAUACAUUUAUAUAGGGAAAAUUUUCUAAUUUUCAGAAGUUUUCAAAUCUGGCCUAUAACUUUUGAAAACAAAAGUCUACAAACGAUUGGUAUGAAUCUUUGCGUGUUAGUUUCAUCAUAUAAAAUGCUUAAUUUCUAAAUCAUGGUAUAGAUUCAACUGUGGUCAGAAAUCCGUUGACAUCUAUCACGGAAAAUAAGUUUUGGUUUAAAAAUGAGAUUUAGAUUCUUGCAUUCGAAACUUGAGAACAUUUUUUGCCGUGAAGAGGGUGUCUAUGUUUUAUAUAUGAAGAAUUCCAGUAGAUGGAAAAUGUAUUAUCACAGCAGUUUGUCUGACAUGAUGAUUUUGUCGCAGAAUGCAACGUGCUCUUAUCAGAUGACCCAUUAUGCAAUCUCUCUUGUUCAAGUGAAGUUUGCGUGACGCAGUCUCUGCAUUCUCUUCCACAGAGUUAUCGGUCCUACAUAUAAUGUAUAAGGGAAAGAAAGGACCGAUAACUUUGUGGAAGAGAAUGGCAGUCUCUGAGGGAAGGAUGAGCGAUAGGUUUUGUUUUUGUUUAUUUAUUAUACAGGACAGUAUCCGUAUUAUUGUACCAGAAUAUAGUUAUACAUAUGAUCUAACAAUGAAAUAAAUAUAUACUGCAAAUAUUCAUCUAGUAUGAUCAUUAAUCUUAAACAUAUAUAUUUUUUUUUUUAUACCCCCCGCAACAAGUUGUAGGGGGGGUAUACUGGAAUCGGGUUGUCCGUCUGUCCGUCCGUCCGUCUAUAGACGCAAUGGUUUCCGGACUCUAAAGCAUUAUCCUUUCCACCUACCGUCACCAUAUCAUACAUAUGGACUACCCAUGGGAUGAAGAUGUUCCCUAUCGAUUUUGGGGUCAAAAGGUCAAAGGUCAAGCGCACUGGACAUCGAAGAAGCAAUAUGGUUUCCGGGCUCUAAAGCGUUAUCCUUUCCACCUACAGUCACCAUAUCAUACAUAUGGACUACCCAUGGGAUGAAGAUGUUCCCUAUCGAUUUUGGGGUCAAAAGGUCAAAGGUCACGCGCACUGGACAUCGAAGUAGCAAUAUGGUUCGGUUUGUCAUGCCAUUUGUUUUUUACACUCAGAAAAGAGGUAGUUUAUACCUAUUACCAACACCCUUUGGGAGAUUGGGGUAAGCGGGGGGUAUUCUUAGUGAGCAUUGCUCACAGUACCUCUUGUUUAUUAAAGUUUGAUAUUUGUGAAGGAAAGUAAUUCUUGUAUAACUGUUGGUUCAUCAAGUUUGUAGAUCAUGUGUGUAUUCAAAUUUGCUUAUAUGAUUUUUUGUUUAAAAAAAAAAAAAUACAUUUUUUUAUACGAGAAAUGAUAAAAUGUUUGACAGUA